ACUUCCUUGUAUAAACAUCCGGGUUUUAGGCUUUAUUUUGUUGAGAAUUGAGAAUCAGAGCUUAGGUUUUUCUUUCAACAGUGGUGCAACUGCUUUGUUAUCAGCUGCGAACUACCCUUUCCUCUUAUUCAAACUCACUUUCUCUACUCUUUCUAGCUUCUUCGUCGCCUCCCUCCUUUGUGUUCAUUUAUUUGCUCAUGGCGGAGGUUUUAGACGACGGUGAGUUUUGGCUUCCGCCUCGGUUUUUAGCCGAUGAUGACUUGUUUAUGGAGAAGAGUAAAAUUAAUAACAGUCACGACUCUUUGUUUCCCUACGACUUACCGUCGGAUCUAAGUUCUCCGGUUGAUUCCCUACUGGGUUCUUCCGAGACAGACAGUGACGAAGAACAUUCACUCGUUCGGUUAACUCGUCAAAUGGCUCGCUAUACUCUUGAAGAUGACUUUGGCGGCAACGACCCUGUGUUUUCCUCUAAAAUCUCCAAGGAUUGGGUCUCGUCCAGUUCUCCCGAAUCGACCCUAUGUGCGUUUAGCUCGAACAGCCAAUCUCGAGUUUCAUCGCCGUCGGGAACAUGGACUCUGCUUUGUUCAGAAGCAGAGGUAGCGGCGAGGGUUACGAUUAAUGAAGAAUCAAACGGUGGGUUCAUUCACAAAGGCCUUUUAAGACCACCAGCCAAAAAGCCCUCGCUAAACCUCCCUCCCCCUGGCUCUUACCUUCAUCAGCCUCUUUCAUCGCGGGCCACUCAAUUUCAGCAAGUGGACCAAAGCCAGCUAUUAAUGAAACAUCAUAACGUACAAGUUUGGGGAGGAAAGAAGCGGCAACAUGCGGUCCUUCAAAACAGUGUCAGGGGCGGUAAUGGUAGUAAUAGGCCUAUGGGUUUGUUCCCUCUUGCAUGGCCUCCUUUGCAGCAGCCUCGAAAUGGGGCUGUUUUCUUGGGCAACCCUACUGGCCAAAGGGAAUGUGCUGGAACCGGUGUUUUCUUGCCUCGUCGUACUGCUACUGCUGGACCCCGCAAGAAGCAAGCAGUUUGUCCUGUUUUAGUUCCAGCUCGAGUGGUUCAGGCCUUGAACUUGAAUGUCGAUAAGAUUAACGCUCAGCCCCAUCUUGUGUCUCGGUUUAAAGCGAGUGUCGCUACUGAUAGUGGUGGCGGAUUGAGCCUUAGAAGUGGUGGGAAUGACUUUGCUGAGAAAAACAAGUUAAGGCAAAAGCAAGGAAUCAACUAUGAGAUUCGGCUACCUCAGGAAUGGACAUAUUAAUUCUAGUUUUGCAUCCUUCAGAGCUCUGUUGUCAAAGCUUUGAACUUAGAAGAAAGAAGGGUGGAAGUUAUUAGUUUAUAGUGGAGGGGAAAUAGUAGUUUAGAGAAAGAAAAUAUGGUUAUUAGGAAGACGAAGAUUGGAUUUUUAGGUGAAAAAUAUAAAGGAAUUUUACAGGGCAGUCGGUUUUUGGGCCGGGGGCAACUCUUUCGUAAGCUAUGUUUUUGGGGUGAUAAUCUUAGCACCCCUAUGCUUCUUAAUCAUUCACCCCUUUAAUUAAUCUUAACUAUAUUCAACCCCCAUUUCAUA